CAUCUGACCCUCCCACAAUCGUAACCAUAGUGUAAUCGGGCAUGCAGUGGGCGAACCUACUCGACAUUCAGUUCCAGGCUGCAGAAAUACAGCCUGGAGCUGCAGUGAUACAUAUUUGGGAUUUGAUUCUCAACAUGGGCUGUGAUGGAGGAACCAUCCCUAAGCGUCACGAACUGGUAAAGGGUCCCAAGAAAGUGGAAAAGGCUGAUAAGAAUGCAGAGUUGUUGGCCCGCUGGAAUUAUUGUGCACUCAGUCAGGAAAAACUACACCGUCCCAUUGUUGCUUGUGACCUUGGAAGACUUUAUAAUAAAGAUUCCAUUCUGGAGUAUCUUUUGGACAAAUCAGCAGAGCGACCUAAUAUUGAAGUAGUUGCACACAUUCGUAGUAUAAAGGACAUUAAGGAACUUAAUCUGACUGAUAACCCAGAAUGGCAAGGAGACAGAAGGAAUGCCAAAGGAGACUGCUAUGAGGAUCUGCAUCGAGCCCGCUUCAUCUGUCCUGUAGUUGGUUUGGAGAUGAACGGCAAGCACAAAUUUUGUUUCCUGCAGACCUGUGGUUGUGUUUUUUCAGAGAGGGCUUUGAGAGAAGUCAAAACUGAAAUCUGUCACAAGUGUGGUGAUCCAUUUCAAGAGCGUGACAUAGUUAUUCUAAAUGGUAACAAAGAAGACCUUGAAUCACUUCAAGACCGUAUGGAAGUGAAGAGAGCAAAAGCCAAACUGGACAAGAAAUCUAAGAAAUCAAAAGCUACUGAAAAUCACCCAAAACUCAAUGAAUCUGAAGAAAAUCCUGGCCCUUCAAGAAAUGUACAAGAAGCCUCCAAGGCUGUUUCUGUGAAUAAUGAUAAAUGCAACGACUCAGCAGUUCCUGGCCCAUCAAAUUCUUCAUCUAAAAUUGCCAGGUCUGCAGCUGGUGGGAGCAUGAAAAGACCUUUAACUGUUAACAAGGAUAAAUCAGAAGUGUACAAAUCUAUUUUCACCUCCCACACCUCUGCAAAACGUACUAAGGAUCAGUCCUCCCACUGGAUCACUCAUACACCUUACCACUUCUAAUCAGAAUAAUUUUAAGUAUACAAGUUAUUAAAUAUGAUAAUCAUAUGCUGU